UGGUGUUGUCCCGAUCUGAGUGACUUGAGGCUUGAGCCCUCCAUCUCGUUGAACUAUAACCGUUCUGGGACAACCGGGCACAGCCUGUACCUGGACGGCUGGUUCAACGAGACUAAGGCCGUGCUACUGUGGCCCUGUAUUUAAACCCACCACGACGCUCCAAACAGUACUACAAGCGGCCCGAAGAUGAGCAAUAGCAAGUCUCCCCUCAUUGACCGCACGACCCAACCCACUUUCUUACGCCAAUACAAUGGUUCAAUACCGAUUAAUAGUCGACCCAGUGUCCCAGGCAUCGCCGCCAGCAACGUUGGGAUGCUAUUCAUCAUAUCCGCCCAGUUCACCACUGCUUGUAUGUAUAUUUCGGUGAAGUUACUAAACACAUUGGAGCCUUCAGUGCACACGCUUGAGAUUAUCACAAUCAGGAUGGUCGUCACAUUCAUAUGCUGCGUGAUAUACAUGAUUAUCAUGAGGAUCCCUAAUCCUAUAAUUGGCCCUAAAGGUGUUCGAACAUUACUAGUCAUUCGUGGGAUCACUGGGUUUUUCGGACUAUGUGGCGUGUACUGGUCGCUUGUAUAUCUGUCUGUCGCAGAUGCGACUGUCCUAAUAUUUUUAACACCUCUUACAACAGCGGUAGCUGGAUGCAUCCUGCUGAAGGAGAGCUACUCCACCAAUCAAGCUGUCGCGGCUGUUUGUAGUUUGCUUGGUGUAAUCUUCAUAGCCCGGCCUACAUUUAUAUUUAGCUCUGCGCCUGCUAUCCCUGACGGUCAUCACUUGCUGAAAGGAACACCAGUGCAAAGGCUGGUGGGUGUUAGUGCAUGCAUGAUCAGUGUGCUCGGAAAUACUGGAGCAUAUACAUCUAUGCGUGGAAUCGGGAAGCGCGCUCACCCGAUGCAUCUCAUGAUACACUUUUCGUUAUGGUGUACCAUUUUAGCGUUGUUGGGGAUGUGUGUUCUCAAUGUUUCCAUUGUGUAUCCCACACCAUGGGCGUGGAUCCUUCUACUCAUGGCCAGUAUUUUUGGCUUUGCGACGCAGACCCUUUUGACAAUGGGACUGCAGCGAGAAACUGUGUCGCGUGGUAUCACUGGAAUGUAUGCCCAGCUGCUUUUCGUUGUGAUGCUUGAACUCCUGUUCUUUGGAGUCAUACCGUCUUCACUGUCAGUUCUCGGCGCUGCCAUCAUCAUGUCCUCUGGUCUCUAUGUUGGCUUGACGAAGCAGGAUCCUACCCCAGACAACACCACCGACAAUACCACAGUAUAGAAUCAUGAACUCCUGCCCACUCCGAAUAUUGAUGCUUAUCUUGGAACUUUCGAAGUGUACUCCGGCAGUUGUACAUUCGACACUGCAUGUGACAUAGUUGGCACCACUGUACUUGUGUGAACCAAAUGCAUUGAAAUGAACACAAUAAUGCAACUGUUCCACUGUAGCUACAGACUGAAAACUCGCACUACAGACAAAUCAAUACUGCUGCUACCUACUACUACCGACCGCAAGACUUGGCGCUGGUGUUGUGACUUCAGAGACUCGCCCGAACCUGCCUGCAGUUGAGCUUACAACUAGAC